AUGGGACAAGCUCAAGGUAAGCAAGACGUGAUAAAGGCUGUAAAAACUUUACUGCAGACGCAAGGAAUAGGGUUAAAAAAGCGAGCCAUAGAACAGUUCACUGAUGCUAUAGAAACAGUUUUUCCUUGGUUCGCAGAAGAAGGGGUAGUGGAUGAGCAACACUGGAAUUUGCUCGGAAAAGACUUAAAUGCGUAUUUACAAAAAAACGGGCCGGAAUCCCUGCCGGUAAUUACAUUUUCUCUAUGGUCUCUUAUUAAGGAGACUCUGGCACAGCAAAAGGAUAAAACACUCCUUCAGGGUGCUCUAAGUUUUCUACAGGAAAAAAUAGAGGCGGCUCGGAGCCAAUCUUCCCAGAGAGGUGAUGAGGAAGUGGAUGAGCCUCCCCAGAGUCCUAGGAAAGAGGAACCUUCUUUUCCAUGGGCUCCUCCUUCGGAGCUGUCGCCAUUACACACUGAGGUACUUGAAUUAAAACAACAGAUAACCCAACAAUCUCAGUCAAUAAAGCCUUCCCCUUCCGCCUUUCUAAAGUCGGGAGUUAAUAAAUCGUUGUAUCCCGAAAAAGGUGUAGAACAAGUGAUACGUGAGGCUGUCCAACGAGGAGAACCAGGGGCUGAUCAGCUCUUAGGGGCUCUCCCAGUAGAAGAAUUUAUGGAACAGGGGCAGGCCAUGAGAAGACAUCACCCUGUUCCAUUUAAAAUUUUAAAAGACUUAAAAGCUGCCUGUGAUGCCUAUGGUCCUACUGCUCCCUACACUCGGACGUUGCUUGAUAGUCUUGCUCAAACUGUGCUGGCUCCCGCAGACUGGAAAACUAUUGCUCGUGCAUGCUUGUCAGGAGCAGAUUACUUAUUGUGGAGAUCUGAGUUCUUUGAUCAAUGCCGGCAUACAGCCAGAUUAAAUGCACAAGGAGGAAAUGACAAUUGGGAUUCUGACAUGUUAGCAGGGCAAGGUGCAUAUGAGGAUAUUCAGCAGCAGGUAAGACAACCGAUUGCUGUUUUUCAGCAAACUGCGGCCGCUGCACGACGAGCUUGGAAUAUCUUACCCACAAAGGGAGCAAAGAUAGGUGAAUCAUUGUCAAAGACUGUCCAGGGCCCUGAUGAACCAUACUCAGAGUUUGUCAACCGCUUGCUACAGGUGGCUGUAAAGAUAUUUGGUGACCCCCAGGCAGGAUUGGAUUUUGUAACACAGUUAGCAUAUGAGAAUGCUAAUAUACCAUGCAAACAGGCUAUUCGACCUUAUAGAAAAAGAACUGAUUUAGAUGGAUACAUUAAAAUCUGCAUCUAUCAGUCCAUCCUAUAUACAGGGUCUAGUGAUGGCCGCUGCCUUGCAGGGAAUGUCAUUACAGGAAUCAGCCCGAAGGAUAAUAACUGA